UCUAAUUAAUUUAAGCCAAUCCCAUCUUCCUCGAGCAAUCCCAAUGAAAAGAUUCCUAUUUUUCACGGUCCUCUGUUUUGCGCUUUUGCAAAUUGCUACCAUUUUUUGCUCUGCUGAGACACUAUCGAAAAGAAAGAGCUUUUCGUUCAACGGUUUUGACGUAGAGAAAAAUGCUUCUUCCUUCCUAUUCACAAGCCCUACUUCUUCCAUCGAUCAAAACGCGCUUCAGAUAACACCGGACAAUGAGAACCAACAUAAUGGGUACAAAAACAAGUCCGGUCGGGUCAUGUACCGCGAGUCUUACAAGCUCUGGUCAUCCGAUCGCCCCGACGACGCAAUUGCGUCGUUCAACACAUACUUUGUCAUAAACAUGUACCGCACGGAAGCGUGGGAAUCCGGCGAGGGGCUGGCGUUUCUCAUAGCCCCGUCGCAUCACGUGCCUGCAGGGAGUCACGGGCAGUGGAUGGGCCUAACCAAUGUAACAACCGACGGUAAACCCGAAAACCGAAUAGUUGCCAUAGAAUUCGACACCCGAAAACAAGGCUUCGACCCUGAUAGCAACCACAUUGGCCUCAAUAUCAACUCCGUGAAUUCGACCAAGACCGUUCCGCUUAGCGAGUUCGGGAUCGAGUUAUCGCCGGUGCCGACCACAAACAACAGCGUGUGGAUCCAUUACAACGGCGAGUCCAAAGUAAUUGAGGUCUACAUGGUGAAAGAAGGUGAUAGCAAGCCUGAAACGCCGCUUCUUAAAGAGACAAUAAACCUGAGGCAAUUCGUCGAACAGGUUUCGUAUUUCGGCUUCGCCGGCUCCACCGGCGACCCGGGGGUUCAGUUCAACUGCGUUACGCAAUGGAAAUUCGAAAUCGAAGUCUUUCCGUCGGAGAAAGAUUGGAAAUGGCUGAUCAUCGGGUUUUCGGUCGGUGUUCCGUUGAUGGUUUUGGUGAUGGUCUUGUGUGGGAUAAAGAUACGAGGUUUUUGUCUGAAGAAGAAGAAACGAGCUCGUGACGAGGAAGCUGGAGUCACGGGGAAGCUGAAAAUGUUACCUGGGAUGCCUAAGGAAUUCAAGUACAAGGACUUGAAAAGGGCUACGAGGAAUUUCCAUGAGAGCAUGAUUCUGGGUAAAGGUGGGUUUGGCGUCGUUUACAGAGGCGUUCUUAUUUCUGAUGCUGUUGUUACUCAAGUGGCUGUGAAGAAAUUCUCCAGAGAUAAUAUUGAUGGUAAAGAAGAUUUCUUGGCUGAACUCACCAUUAUCAACCUUCUUCGCCAUAAAAAUCUUGUUCGACUAGAAGGGUGGUGCUACGAGAAAGGGAAGCUUCUUCUAGUCUAUGACUACAUGCCAAACGGCAGCGUUGAAAAACACUUGUACAAAUCCUCCGACCGGAACACUCUCUCGUGGAGACAUCGGUACAAGAUUCUUGAAGGUGUGGCCUCGGCGUUGCAUUACUUGCACAAUGAGUACGACAAAAAGGUCGUUCACCGCGACCUCAAAGCCAGCAACAUCUUGCUCGACUCCAACUACAAUGCUCGCUUAGGUGACUUUGGGCUUGCCCGAGCCAUCGAAAAUGAGAGGAACUCGUAUAACGAGCUGGAACUAGGCGGAGUCCCGGGCACAAUGGGCUACAUUGCACCCGAGUGCUUCCACACGGGGAAGGCUACUCCCGAAACUGACGUGUUUGGGUUUGGUGCGGUGGUGCUUGAGGUGGUGUGUGGCAGAAGUCCCGGAGUCAAGAUUCAGCAUGAGGAGCACCAGUUCACGUUGGUUGAUUGGGUUUGGAUGCUGCACCGCGAAGGACGUAUUCUAGAGGCUGUUGACGAGAGGCUUGACAAUGUGUAUGACGUCGAUGAAGCUAUUAGACUUCUGCUUCUGGGGCUGGCGUGCUCCCAUCCCAUGUCCAGCGAGCGGCCACAGACUCGGGCUUUAUGUCAAAUUAUAGCUGAGAGUAUGCCACCACCUCGCGUGGCCCCAUUUAAGCCCGUCUUCAUGUGGCCUUCAUUUAGUACUGCCUUCAGCUCGGUUGAAGAGAGCAGUUCCUCCAACAUGUAAGCUUGUGGCAAAACAUGGAUAUAAGAUCAACAAACAUUGAUCUAUAUCUAUGUAUGGCAUAUUUGGAGAAGUCAAACAAUUAUCUAUAUCAAUGUAUAUAACCAUUUGUAUAGAGAAUGCCCUUGAUAAGGGGUCGCAUUAUUUUAUCUGCGACGCUAGAAGACCAUACUGCAUUACUGCACUAAAUAUCUCAUUAAAAAUACAUGUCAAGUAGAAGAAAGAAAUCACUAACAAGUAGGCUUACCACGUUA